CUGCUUGCUGCUGGUGCAUCUCUUGAAAGAGGUGUUGUUUGCAAUCACAAGUCACAAUGGGUUGGAAGAAAGGAUCUGUUAUCAUGAAGGCCGAGCCCUUCGCCCAUGUGAUUAUGCAAAAAUACAGAGAGGAUCGGUGCAAUUUUUGUUUGGCGAGUUCUGAUACCUUGAAAAAAUGUGCCUCUUGCAAGAAGACGUGGUACUGCGGAGUUCCUUGUCAGAAAAAGGACUGGAAGCUACAUAAGAUGGAGUGUCCUGUCAUGAAAAGAGUCCCAGAUACCCCGACAGACAGUAUGCGACUCUUCCUUAGACUUGUCAUUCGCCAUAUGAAUGGAGCUUCUAGUGUGAACCAAGAGAAAGACGAAAAGCCUUGCUUCAGAUGUUUUAAUGAUCUCAUGUCUCAUGCUGACAAAAUUACGAGUGACAGGACGCGGAACUCGCUGUUUGAGGUGGCACACGACUUCCUGAGGGCCUACACCCACGGACUCCUCUCUCUCCCCCCUUCCAGCGUGCUCCUGGACAUUUUUGGCAAAAUGGUCAUCAACACGUUCACCAUUGCAGACGAGUCUCUUCAAGAUGUUGCUGUAGGGAUCUAUAACAGUCCUUCUAUAUUAGACCACAGAUGCUACCCCAAUGCUGUUGCUUCGUUUGAGGGCAGAACUGUGACCGUGCGAGCAGUGACUGACAUCGAUAGCGACUCGUAUGAAGAGGUGUUCCUAAGCUACGUGGAUCCUCUGGCGACGAUAGCCGAGCGACAAGAACAGCUUCAGCAACAGUAUUACUUUCGGUGUACCUGCAGCAGAUGUUCCUCGGACCAUAUUGAAAAGAUGAUGUGUUCAGUGGAGGGCGGUACGGAAGGAGACUUGGCAAAGGUGAAAGCUUGUUUAGACAAAGUGGAAUCCAUGCAAAAAGCCCAAGAGUCAUCAGAGAAAAUCCUAGAAACUUGCGACAAAUGCCUGUCAGAGAUUACUCUCCCAAGCACUAACGUCCACUUGGUGCGGCUGAUUGGGAAAGGAUUUGAUGCAGCAAUAGAGAGCCAGGAGUUUGAGAAGGCUUUCUACCUCGGCAUAAAAAACCUGAAGCCCUAUCAGACGCUACAUCCAGCUUUCAGUCCGUGCGUCGGAUACAUGUACGCCAAUCUGGGCAAACUGCUGCUCUUCCUGGGCAAACUACACGAGGCAGAGAUGCACUUGAUAAAGGGCCUUGAAAUCUUCUCCGUGUCUCUGGGUGGCAGCCAUUUCCUGGUUCAUCAAGUGCAAGAACUGUUACAUCAGUGUCAGGCAGAGCUCAAGGAAAGUUAACCCUUACAGCACCAGUCACGGAGAUAUAUACACACAUACACAGUAUAACAUGGGAGGUCGAACACAGAGGACUUGAAGUCACACAUCUGUUGAAUUGUGCCUGCGGUCCCGUUUUUGGGGGGCUUUUUUCUUCUUUAUCUUUGUGAGAUAUACCUCGAACUAUGGAUGCCUCGAACUACUGAGGCCGGUCCCAACAAAUUUGAGCUAUCCAUGUUAUACUGUACAUAUAUAUAUAUUUAUUUAUAUAUGAGCCUUUCCUGAAAUCUCAGCAAGUGGGUGCUCUGGUGUGGUCUGCUUCUUCUUUCCUAUCAAGCAUCUAUCGUCCUUAUCUCCCGUUCUUCUUUUUUAUGUUUGUUACUCUCUUGUAACACCUCUAAUCUUCUGGCGCUCAUGUGACCGUAUGCAGUUGCGAGCGCCGUAAAACCUCUACUAAAACAAAACAGGCAUCAGUGUCGCUGCCUUGUGUUGCAGCUGCUUCAGGAGGUUCAGCUUGAAAGCUUUCAUGCUCAUCUUUGCUGUUCCCUGUUCUCUCGUAAGAGCAUAGAGAACAAACGCAUUGUUCUGCGCAAUUUCGAAAAUCCAAAAAAAAACCCCUGCUUUUUCCACCAUUUGUACGAUUUUCGGUCGGUGUUGCUGUAGUACGUGACCCUUUGAUCGACUUUGUCGCUGCCACCCGUGGACAUGUUGUAGUUGUUCACAACUGUUGGCUUUGUCUUGUUCUUUGCAUUGGUGUAGAAGGAUUUUUCUGCUUUGGUUGACACAACAACACAAGGAUUUUUAGCCUUUUUGUCCUUCCACGCUGUAACGAGCAUGGAUUCGCCAUUCCGCAGGUAGUGUUUUGCCUCCAUGUGCUUCAUCGUUUUGAUGUUUUUCAGCUGAGGUGGGAAAUAUUUCCUGUUCAGGUUCAGAGUACCAGUGUAGUACAGCGACCGGCCUGAAAGGUACCCGACCAGGCUUCUGUCGUGUAAUACCUAAGACAA